GACGCCUGUGCCCUUUGCCUCACGCGGCAGUCCUCAUCUCCAUCGCAAUCACCCUCUACCCAGUCUCGAUUGCCCAUCAACUUAGAUUAGCUCUGCCACGCCACGAACAUUCGCAAUCAUGAACGGCGACGGCUAUUCUCGCGGUCGAGGAAAGGGAUCUCGCGACUACCCGAGAGAUCGCGAUGAUAGACGCGGCGAUAGAGACAGACACCGAGACCGAAGACGUUCCCGUUCGCCCUACGACCGAAGCUCCAGACGUCGCGACGACGAGGACAGCUAUGCGACCAGCCGCAGCCAUCGCGAGCGUGAGCGAGAGGACAGAUACUCUGGCCGUGAGAGACGUGGCGGAGGCGAACGAGAAUGGGAUCGCGACCGUGGAUCCUCCAGACGCGAUGCCAGGAGAGACGACGAUGAUCGCCCGCGGAGAGACCGCGACCCGUACGACGACCGACGCAGAGGCGGACGAGACAGAAACGAGGAUGCCGGGUUCGGCCGACGCGAACGCCAGCGGAGCGCGACGCCGCCUCCCAAGAAGAGGGAACCCACGCCUGAUCUGACCGACAUCACGUCAGUUCUGGAGCGCAAGCGACGUUUGACUCAGUGGGACAUCAAACCCCCCGGUUACGAGAAUGUCACUGCUGAACAAGCCAAGCUGUCAGGCAUGUUCCCUCUGCCCGGUGCUCCCCGCCAGCAGCCCAUAGACCCGAGCAAGCUCCAGGCCAUCAUGAACCAGCCCGGCGGUCAGGUCAACAGUGCGGCUCUGAAGCCGAGCAACUCGCGCCAGGCCAAGCGACUGCUCAUCAACAACCUACCCCCCUCGGCGACCGAGGAAAGCAUCCAAAGCUUCUUCAACCUGCAGCUGAACGGACUGAACAUUAUCGAGAGCACCGACCCCUGCACUAGCUGUCAGGUAUCGAAGGACAACUCGUUUGCCGUUGUCGAGUUCAGAAACGCAUCCGAAGCCACCGUCGCGCUGGCCCUUGACGGAAUCUCGAUGGAGGCCGAUGAUGCCACCAAUGGGGAAGCAGCCAAUCAGGGUCUGUCCAUCCGCCGGCCAAAGGACUACAUCGUCCCGGCUGUGGUCGAUGAUGUGCCUUACGAGCCUGGUGUCGUGUCCAACGUCGUUAUCGAUACGCCAAGCAAGCUCAGCAUUGCCAACUUGCCCACCUACCUCUCGGACGAGCAGGUUUCGGAAUUGUUGGUGUCCUUUGGUGAGCUCAAGGCGUUUGUCCUUGUUCGCGACAGAAGCACAGAGGAGUCUAGGGGAAUUGCGUUCUGCGAGUACGUCGACCCUGCGGCCACGGACGUUGCCAUCCAGGGCCUCAAUGGCAUGGAUCUUGGCGACAAGAAGCUCAGGGUUCAGAAGGCUAGCGUGGGCGUCACUCAAGUUGCUGGAGUGGAGAUGGGCGUCGCCGCCAUGUCUAUGCUGGCUGGAACAACCUCAACGGAGUCUGGGGAGACCCGUGUCCUGCAGCUUCUCAACAUGGUGACGCCUGAGGAGCUGAUGGACAAUGACGAUUAUGAAGAAAUCAAGGAAGACGUCCAGGAGGAGUGCUCCAAGUUUGGCAACGUCCUCGACAUCAAGAUUCCUCGGCCAGUGGGAGGCAGCAGACAGUCUGCCGGCGUUGGCAAGAUCUUUGUCAGAUUCGAGACUACCGAGUCGGCCAAGAAAGCGCUGCAAGCGCUUGCGGGACGCAAGUUCGCGGACAGAACCGUCGUCACGACCUAUUUCCCCGAGGAGAACUUUGAGGUCGGCGCUUGGUGAUUGUAUUCGGGAUGGGCAGCUGGGGAAACAGAAGUGACGGUUGUUGAAUGGGACAGGGCUCGGCGGAAAAGAAACUCUAGGCUAGUCAUCUUCAGACUGCCUUGUAACCAACCAAAAAUGCUGUAUCAUAAUUCCGCGCGGGCUGCCGGGCGAGUCCAUCUAUGGGGGUGUUUCUAGUCGCUCGGCCGAGGCCAACUUGCGGAUGCUCCUUUGAGCAGGCGAGAUCGCAUAAAGGAAAGGAAGUUUGUAACGUUCUCU